AAUUGCACAUUUACCAUUUACCAUUCAGUAAAAUGAAACUAUAAAAGAUACUGCCAACUUGGUUAUUUUUUUGUAUGUCAAUCAAACUUUCCGUAUCAUUUCAGAAAAAAAAAAAUGUCGACAGUACAUCAUUACUACAAUGUGAUGAGGGUGAAUGAUGAACACACCAGGGUUCUGCCGGGUGAUUAUUUCAACUUCGAAGUCAAAGUUAGAUUCCACUCAGAAGAUACAUUCCCAGCGGGAUUACAGCAUCAUUUUUCUCCAGCAUCAAUACCCGCCCAAAAUUUCUUCCAAGAAGAGCGUGCAGCUAGUGAAGAGUUCACGCAGAGGUCAAGAAGGAGUCAGAGGGUGAGUUUAAGAAGGAGUGAGAGACUGAGUUCGAGAGCGAGUGGGAGGCAAAGUUCUAGACUGAAUCAGAGGCAGAGUUCUGAAGUGAAUCAUGGUUGCGAUGAUGAAAUCUUAAUAAAUAGAUUUUUGAAGAAGUGUACUGUUAUUAGAGAAUGUGAAGAUUGUUGUAUCUGCUUGGAAGAGAUGAAUGUGAAUGCUGAGUGCUACACGCUGUCAUGCCAACAUGUCUUUCAUCUUCCAUGUAUUCUCACAUGGCUCAAAACCAGUCAUGUAUGUCCUUUGUGUCGUCACUAUUUGCCAACAGGUGAAAACUAGGUCAAAAAUGUUAGAUAUAUGAUUCAAAAAUUUUAUUCAGAUCUUUUAAAUAUGUGUAAUGUUGUAUCUGUGGUUUUUGCACUGCAGUACAGUACAUUCUUGUUUAUUCAAUUAAGUUGUUUAUUUUGGUGCA